AUGGAGACUGGUUCGACGCGGGUGUCUCCGGUUUCCGCUCCAGAGAGUCCUGCGACCUGGCGGUGCCUGUCGCCUGUGCCAGUUCCCCUCGGCUCUUCGUUUGCCUCCGUUUUCUUCCCGCUCGCGCUGCCGUUCGCGCUGCCGUCUUCUUCUUUUUCCUCGUCUUGCCCUUUUGCAGGUUUCGCGUCUCAUCGAGCUGGCGCAUGGGUCCAAGGCAUCCGCUGGAGAGAAAAGGGCAAAGCGACGGGUGCCGCACCGGACGUCGCCAACGCUGUUGUGGCGACCGCCUCAGACCCCAGUGAUGAAGCACUGGAAAUCGCUCUUUCGAUGCCGACGCUAUGUAUGCACGCAUUUCUUUCUCGCGUUUCUCUCUGGAUUUCCCCCUCUUCUCUUUGGCGGCCGUCGAUCCCUGCCGGCUCUCCUUCAGGCUCCCGACAGCCCCGUGGGUCAACUCCUGUUCUCUUUGUCGUCUUCUUCCUUCUCCUUCUCUUCUGGCUUUUCUCGCUUCUCCUGCGUCUCGCGUCUCCCUGGCCGCUCUCAUGUCCACUGGGUGCUCUGCUGCUUGCCGAGGCGAAGGACUUUCGCUUCGAUUCCCUCGAAAUAGCGCACAGAAGUCCAGAUCUCCACCAUCCUCUCCCGUACCCUGUCGACGCGAGCGCAUGCGGCUUGGCUGCUCUCAGGAGGCUAGGCGAGCGGCUGCGGGAGAGCACGAAGCAGACGAGCUCCCGCCACACUUGGCGCAGAGGCGAAGAGACUUCCGAGAUCCUUGAAAAGGCCAUGAAAACGGGAGUCGUGAUUGAAAAGCUGGAACGGCGCCUCGACAUGAAGCGGCAAGUCAAGGUGACCAUCAGGACGACAGUGGCCAAUCAUGGAGCGUCUGCAGUGGAGAACCUCGCGUUUCUCCUCCCCUUUCACGAGGCCGUGCAGGUCGGCUGGAUGGCAGCCAAACAGAACGGGCAAACUGUCUCCUUUGACGCCAUCUCAGAGCGUCCCCGCAUUUCGUCAUUCUCUCCGCACACACCUGCUUCUCUCUCACACGACGCCCUCCUCUUUGAAGAAGUCGACCAGGCGCUGCAGGUCGCCGCGGGCGUCGCUGCAGACUCUCCUUCUGGCGGGAGAAGCGGCGCGAACGAUCUGGCCCGGAGCACGAGAGAAGAAGGGGAAGAUGAGUGCCGCCCUCUCCUCCUGGAGUUGCAUCUUCGGAAGCCGCUGGAGCCUCAAGGAAGAACGCACAUCGAGAUCACCUACAUCUUAGGACGCGCGUAUCGCCCAGUGCCGCGAGCGGCGCCUUUGGGCGCGGUCCAGUCUGUUCUUUUCGUCUCGACGUCUGCCUGGCCUUCGCCGUAUCCCGUCCUCCACGGGAGUUCAACUGCGGUUGCGUUGGCGCCUGGGACUUCUUUAGGCCCUGCAGGAGCGACGCGCAUCAUGAAGAAAUACGGAUUCAAGCAGGAGUCGCAGCCAGACGGUCCGUGGAUGAUCGUCGCGCCUGGUCCGACUUUGCCGUUCGAAGUCGGGCAACCGUUCGUGCUGCACAUGCCGCUGCCGCUCCAUUUGGGCUACUUUCUGUCGGCAGAGAGAUUUGUUGAGGUCUCGCAUUUCGGCAACAUCUUCUUCCACGAGUGGUAUCGACUCCAUAACGACGCGGCGAAACUCGAGGGAUCGUACGACGCCAUCACGGCUGCAGCACUGCAGGGGAUUCAGCCUGGCGCGCCUCGUUUUUCGCGGCAUAUGAAGAAAGACGAAGUGAACGACCCGCGCGAGCCUCCGGCCUCUCACAUGCUCACACACCUCGUCGCUGCGCUGCCGAAGCGGGCGUUCUCCCUCGAGGUUUUCGACCAGAUCGGAAACGUCUCGUCCACGAGAGCGGCGCGCGUCGGUCCCGAGGCCCAGCCGAUCUACACGGAACUGGAGCUGUAUCCUCGUUUCCCUCUCCUUGGAGGCUGGAACACCGACUUCCAGGUUCAGUACAAUUUGCCAGCACGAACAGUCAUGGUCAAACAUGCAGACGCGCAUCGGUACACACUCAAUCUGACUCUGGCGCCUCCCUUCAGGGACAUUUAUACCGAGGAUGUCUUCCUCAACAUUGCCCUCCCUUCAGGAGCGCAAAACGUCACUGUGACGUCGCCGAGGAAGGUCGACUGGAACGUGAACGAGAAGCUGCACUCAUGGCUCGACGUCUUCACUUUCAGGCCUCUGCUGAAGCUUCACUUUCCUUCGUCGUUUGUGCCAGACAGGAAUAUUCUGCAGUUCAAAGUCCAGGUCUCGUACGACUAUCCACCCUUCCUCGCUGUCGAGGUCUUCAAACAACUUCAAAUCUGCCUGCUCGUCUUCGUCCUCUUCCUCCUCCUUAUUCUCUCCCGAAGACUCAGAGUCUCCAUCGCAUGUCCGAGAGAAAAAGAGAAGCAGGAAACAGAGGAGACGGCCAUGUCAGUCAUGCGUCACCUUCUUGAAGUCUUCGAAGAAAUUUCCCAGAGCUCAGACGACCUCAUCGAGGGCAUGCACCGACUCCGUGCCUCGGCUUCGUCGCGUGAACAGAACUCUGGAGAUGGCCUCUCCCAGUGGAAGGCGCGAAUGGCUCGCGCGUCCGAAACGCUGGAGAAACACCUUGAGUUGUUGGACAAGGAACAGCAAGCCCAGUUUUUCCCUGGACUUCGCGCGAGCUUUCAGGUGUACAGACACCACGUCGAGGGUCUCGCCACCUGUCUGAAGGACCUGGAAGACGACAAUCGCAAAGUCUCCCUCGCACAGGCGCGCGCAGACCUGGCUGCUUCAGAACUUCUUCAACGCAUCAGACACCCUGAAAGGCGAGCGAAGCCUGUCGUCGAGAGUGCGGAUCUCAGGGCCGUCCAGGAACUCCAACGAGCAAAGAAAGAAGACUAGAAUCGAACGAGCAACGAGGCAAGACACAACCUGCGCCUCGUCUCACACAUCCCCAGUUGCUCUGCAGAUCUGGAGCUGCGAAGAAAGGCGCUGCAGUCGGACGGACAGGCUUCUGCGUAGGGCGCGAAAAAGGACAGAUGGCGAGAUCGAGAUUUCAUUCCACACCGACACAACAGUUCAACUCCACACUCCUGAUCAACAUCUCGCUCUUUUGCAUAUUUGUCUAUACACGUUUAUACAUGUACAUAUAUAUAUAUAUAUACAUAUAUAUACAUAUAUUUAUAUAUAUAUAUAUAUAUGUUCAUAGAUUUGUGCAUAGGCAUGCAGAAGCGAACCUUGAGCGGACGACCUUCCAGCCUUGUUAAUAUCCCAGUGGGGUCACCUCGUUCGUCUGCGUCGGUAUGAAGGGGGAAAGUGGAAGGGAAGUGCGAGAUUCGACGGUUUAGGAGAGAGCGGGGACGAGAAAAGACAAACCUGUCACAGCACGAGCGGACCCAGGAGGACAAUGGUGUCUCGACUCGUCUCGCUGAAUUCGCAUCUCGACGUGGAAUAGAGAGCUUCCUUUCCCUAUGUUUCCCCGCGUUAAAGGGAGGGGAUGAGGCAGAAAGAAAUGCAGCUUGUGUCAUGCUUUUCCUCUUGCAUGAGACACGCGAGAAACGCGCAUGUAG